AUGCCAGAUAGUGGAGUUUUGAAUACAGCAGCCGAUGAGGAAAAGAAAAAAUUGAAAUUGGUUUUGGAUAAGUUGGAUAAAGUCAAGGAUGCUGAGCAUAUUCUAAAAACGGAUAUAACUUUUGAUAAAGUUGGGGAAGAUGAGGUCAAGAUCAAUGGUCAAGUUGAGCAGUCUGUAGAUUUGGAUGAUGAAUAUAAACUCAACAUGGAAGUUUACCAUUCCCCAGAAAAAGAUGGCGAAUAUAAAAAAGUUGUUGGCGUUGCCAAUGUCGGUGUUUGCCAAGUCAUGGCCAAUCAAUAUAAAAAAUAUUUCUAUGACACAUUGAAAAACUAUGCUAACGCUCCCGAUCCGGAUAAAUGUCCAGUGACACAGGAAACCUAUGUGGUUAAGGAUUAUCCCUUGGACUCAAGUAAAUUUCAGAAAUUUUUACGUCCCGGUUUCUAUAAAAUUGUAAGUUCUUUAAAUCACAAAGAAGAGGAAGUCUUGCAAUACACUGUGGAAGGCCAUACAGAAGAAGAAUAA